CAUUGCAAAGAAAAGCAUGGCUUUGACUUUCAGAAACUUCGUGCUGAACUAAAACUUGAUUUUUAUCAAUCCAUUCGUUUGAUAAAUUACAUUCGUAAUCAGGUCUUGAACAAUUCUGAAUUGGAAAAUACCACAUUUUAUGCAAUACCAGAUGUUCAAGUGGUCAUUAAUGAUGAUGCAUAUCUCAAGCCUGUAUACGAGGAUGAUCCUUUAUUAUAUG